CCAAGUCUCCUCUGGAAAAAAGGGAGCUCGGAGCUGACGUUAUCGCUGUGACAAAAGUGGACGUUAAAGCUACAGUUGAUGACUUUGGAAAAACCGUGUCGUUACCUCCGUCUCCUGCGGCUUCCCCCCUCUGGCUUUACGGCGACUUGCGGGGAGGAGAGAGGCGCAGGAGAGCUCUUCCGCUUGCAUCAGUCCAACGGCACAGGACUCUCUGCAGAUGACCCCAGCGGCCAAGUGCGGAUCAUUCGCUCCAGGUCAGCUGGAGCCAUGAGCGCUGUGUUGUCUGGACAUCGACAGGAACGAUACACACUUUCAAAAUAAGGCGCGUCUCUUCACAUGAGUUGCUGAAGUGACGCUGCCGCCUGAGCGCUAGGGAACUUUUAUUUUCGCAAUGCGUCAGUCAAAUACACAAGAUCCGUUUUCACUUGUGCGCAGUUACACGGAAGAAACGGGAGUCAGCGUUUCCUCGGAACCCAGCCUGCUGCUUCUCAGGAAGUCACGCACGAGACGUUGUUCCAUGUCGAUGGUUCAGACAGAGGGUUCGACAUGCUGAUUCUCCUGGGGAUCUUCGGGGCCAUGGCGAGCGCAGUGGCCGGGAAUAACUCGUGGCUCAAACUGGAUUGUACCAACGACUUUGAAGAAUUGAUGACUUGUUACUUCGAGGCUGACAACUGCACGAAACACAGCGUUUCUCUCCAGGGAAACGACGGCCACAAACGGUGUGAGGCCCAGCGAUGUUCCUCUGGAAGCUGCUGCUGCUCGUUUCACAUCAACCCAAUUUAUGGAGAACAUCAUCAAGUUUCAGUGUGGAGAGAGCGAGAACAGCUCCUCCAAACCAAAGACAUCAGCAUCAAAAAGAGCGUUAAACCCAGGCCACCAAGGAACGUGUCAGUGACUGAGUCCAACGGGAUCUUUCAAAUCUUGUGGAAAAACAGCGGCAAGGAAUCUUUGCUCAAGAGUCUGAGGCCCCAGGUGCUUUACCGUGACGGCGAAAGCCAGUGGGAAAAUGCAAGCUGCCUGCUGUCAACCAUCAACCAACAUUCUGUCUGUGAAAUGCGGGGGCAGGGCUUGAAACCCAGUUCCCGAUACUGGGUCCGUGUGAGAAGUGUGUCCAGCUGGAGUGGUCUCUACAGCAACUGGAGUCAGGAGGUCCACUUCAACUCAUCUGCCUCUGCUGAUGUCCAGCUGACUUGGAUGGUGAUCGGUCUCAGUCUGAGUGUUGUCAUCACCAUUGCUGCUACAUACUGGUGCUACUUGCAGAUCAGAAACAGGUGGUGGGACUCUGUGGGCGACUGCAAAAACUCCAGCCUUUUCAAUCUGACAGCACGGGACCACAAUCUGCUGAAUCCAGAGCGGCCAGUCAUCGUCAACCUCUGCGCAGAGCCUCGGUCCCAAAUCAGUAGCUGGUCGCAGUACUCCGAGAAAGGUGGCGUUGGCCUUCCCAGUCCUUCAAGCUGCAGCAGUACCUGCUCCAGUGGGCCGUCAGACACUCACUCGAUUGGGCCUGUGGACGUCCUGGCCAGAUUCCAGGAUGCUCUCCGCAAAGAUCUCUUUGGCUUCAACCUCAAGCCGCAGAACGAGGUCCCGGAUGUGAGCCGCUACGGUUCCUAUGGUGUAGCGAUGCAGGAGUUCAACCCUGGUCUGGUUGAUGUUGAGAGCAGAACAUACUCCAUCCAUCCCCCAAACAGUUGGGGCCCAUCGCAUAAUAUGACUGGCACCAGUUCUGAGAUGAUCCCUUUUGUCCACCAUGAUGUUGGGUCGACCCCAUCACUGUUCGAGGGUGGUGACGCGCUCACCACUAGUGGACACUCCCAUGCGCAGUCACAACCAACCGUCUGUAACAACGUCUUUACCGUGCCACACUCCGACCUCCUCUCUCCUGCAGAAGAGGGCUACCAGGCUUUCCAGACUUUGAUGGACAGGUCAAGUGCUCCACCUGUGACGGAAGUCCAGGUGAAUACCACUAUGUCUGCAGACCAUCUGCUAACACAGAACUCUGUCCAGAGACCGUUCCUCUCCCUGAUCCACACGGCCAACUCUCCAUCUGUGGUCCUGGUUAGUGGGUAUCAAUCUGUGCCUGCAAACUCAUGUGUGUGAUAUGGCUUGGACUUUGAUGUUGUUUUCUGGGUCAAACACAGGACACAAAACUCGGCAUGGUGUGAAUUUGAAUGUGCAUGAAUCAUGGUGAUGCUCAGAGGAGCUGUUUGGCCCAGGUUGGGAGCAACGCUUCCAUUUGUCAGGGCCACGUAACUGUGCAUACAAAUGCAGUUCACCACCGCUGGUGUGACAGCUAUGAAUGGAUCUUGGUGUCUGGAAAACCUCUCUGGAAUUCUGAACCAUUAAACCAUAUGAUCACUGUAUUAGUUAGCUAGGGACUUUCUCUUGUUGGGAAUUUCUCUUCGGUCAAUAAAUAAAAUAUCUGUCUAUCAAUAAAGUAUCUAUCUAUCUAUCUAUCUAGAUGGCCAUACAUACAUAACCACUGCUUAGUCCUCUUCAUGGUGCUGGGCAAACUUAACAUUUACUCUGAACCAAACUAAAACCCAAGUACCAUAACCUAUGUAUUUAGUAGUUUUAGCCCUCAGAAUGAGACCGGCCAAAAUGUCCACACUCUGUUGAUUCUCUUCUGUUUCAUAGAAUUGAAAUAAAUCAAAUGGUCCUUUUUGUGGAGGCAUUUCAUUGACUUUCAUGCUUUCCCCCGCCUCUCCCACACUAAACCUAACCAUCCAAAACACAUGGCUAACCUCAAACUGAAACCCCUAUCCU